GCAGCAUCCAUCCAAGUGUCACGGCGGUCGGAUCACCACAUCACCUCUCUGUUCCUUCAGAUUCACUUGCCUUUCACCGGCAGGCCGUGGUCGGGGGGCGGCGGGAGGCUUUUGUCGGGGAGGGCCGGUGCCGGAGCGCAUCCUCCCCGAGCCGGAGCGCAGAGAAGCCGCGAUGGAUGCAGGACCGAGGAGACAAAUAACAUCUUCAUAUUCGCUCAGUUUAGCUGGCUACCAUUAGCCCAGUGCUCCCCCCCCCCAACCCCCCCUUCGUCAUCCACGGACCAGUGUACUGUUUUCUCCCACGCCUAAACGCUCUGCGAUGCAUUUUUCUGAAAUAUCUAUAUUUAUAAUGAUGUCAAGGCGUAGUGCGGUCAGAUAGGACGCGUCUCUCUAGGAUAAAGCAUCGUGGUGGUUUCCUUCCCCCCACCCCGGGGUAGAGCUGGUAUCUUUUCCCUUUUCUUCACGUUUUCCAGUCUUGCUCAUCCGUGAAGAUGCUGCUGGAGGAGGAGGAUUUCUGACGCCGGACCCGAACCCGCAUGGACAGCCUCUCCAUGAAGGUCAUGAUACUGGGAGAAUGAUCAUGCUGGAAAAACAGAGCUCAACGCAGGAGAUUGGCGAGGAGGCCGAGGAAGAUGCCAUCUUCACCAUCACGCUGAGGAAGGUGCAGCUUCACCAGUCGGCCAGCAAGGGGCAGCGAUGGCUGGGCGUGGAGACGGACUCGGCCCUGAGCCUCUACGAGACCUGCAAGGUGCGCACCAUCAAGGCCGGCACGCUGGAGAGGCUGGUGGAGUACAUGGUGACGGCCUUCAGGGGCAAGGACUCCACCUACGUCACCAUCUUCCUCUGCACCUACCGGUCGUUCGCUUCCACCAAGCAGGUGCUGGAUCUCCUGCUCAACAGGUAUGCCAAGCUUCAAAAUGUGCCUGCAGCCACUGCACACCGAGUGUCCCAGGAUGACUGCAUAGAGCUGAGAAAUACGGUUUCAUCCAUCCUGGGCGCGUGGCUGGACCAGUACUCUGAGGACUUCUGGAGCCCCCCGAACUACGAAUGUCUGCACCAGCUCCUGUCCUACCUUCACCUCCACUUCCCCGGCUCGGACCUGGAGCGCCGCGCCCGCAACCUCCUGGCCCACUUCCACCGGCGACAGCAGUGUGAGCCUGAUCCUGAUGGGGAGCACCUCGGCUGCCCUUUUGCUACGCAGGAAGAGAGCGGGUUCGAGGACGAGCUUCCUGCUUUUAGUUUCCUGUCGUUCGACCCCAUCAUGGUGGCAGAGCAGUUCACACUCAUGGACGCGGAUCUGUUCAAGAAGGUGGUUCCCUACCACUGCCUGGGCGGGAUCUGGUCUCAGCGGGACAAGAAGGGAAAGGAGCACUUGGCUCCAACCAUCAGAGCCACCGUGGCCCAGUUCAACUCCGUCACCAACUGUGUCAUCACCACCUGCCUGAGCAACCCCACACUGAAGCCCAACCAGCGGGCCCGACUGCUGGAGAGGUGGAUAGACGUGGCCCGGGAGUGUCGAAUCCUGAAGAACUUCUCCUCCCUGCGGGCCAUCCUGUCGGCGCUGCAGUGCAACGCCAUACACCGCCUGAAGAGGACCUGGGAGGAGGUGUCACGGGAAAGUUUCCGAACCUUCCGCGAGCUGUCCGAGAUCUUCUCCGACGACAACAACUACUCCCUCAGCCGAGAGCUGCUGGUGAAGGAAGGCACCUCCAAGUUUGCGACGCUGGAAAUCAACCCCAAACGAGCUACGAGGAGGCACCAGCAGCAGAGAGACCUGGGUGUGAUGCAGGGGACGAUUCCUUACCUGGGCACCUUCCUGACGGACCUGGUGAUGAUGGACACUGCCAUGAAGGACUACACUGAGGGCGGUCUGAUCAACUUCGAGAAGAGAAGAAAGGAGUUUGAGGUCAUUGCCCAGAUCAAGCUGCUGCAGCUGGCCUCCAACAACUACAGUUUCACUCAGGACAGCCACUUCAGAGAGUGGUUCGCCGGCGUGGAGAAGCUCAGUGAAGCGGAGAGCUACAACCUGUCCUGCGAGAUCGAGCCUCUGUCGGAGUCGGCCAGCAACACGCUCAGAGCCAAGAAGAACGGGGGAAUCAUGAAACGCUGGAGCGACCGCCAGUUGACGGAGGCCAGCUGCAGCAGCGCCGGCUCUCACUCCAAGUCCUUCGACCACUCGCAGUACCGACCAUACCAGGGCGGCGGGGGGGACAGCGGGGACGCCCUCAGCGUCACCUCCGUCAGCUCCAGCGGCUCGGACCUGGAGGACGUGAACGCCAGCUUCCUGUCAGACUCACCGGAGGCGCACGAGAGACACGAGAGACACGAAAGACACGAGAGAAAGACGUCGACUCCUUCUGUGAAACUCACCGUCUCUGCUUUGGGGAGAGAAGCUCCGGCGGCAGAUACGACCUCAACGCUCGAAGGUCCGCCGGGUCGCCGUGUUUCAGUAACCGCCUCUCCUCCUCAGUUCUGGGAGUGCACCUCUCUUUCGUCUCUGGACACAUCGGGGAUGGGCUCCAGCUCCGGCUCGGCCUCGGGCUCCAGCAGCGCCUCGUCCUCCUCCGUCUCCUCCUCCACCCCACUCUCAGCCUCCCGCUCCCACAAACGCUCAGUGUCGGCCGUGUCCAACUACUCCACCCUGUCGCUGCCGCUCUACAACCAGCAGGUGGACGACUGCUGCAUCAUCCGGGUCAGCCUGGACGUGGAGAACGGCAACAUGUACAAGAGCAUCCUGGUGACGAGUCAAGACAAAACUCCGGCGGUCAUCAGGAAAGCCAUGAUCAAACACAACCUGGACCGGGAGAAGGCCGAGGACUACGAGCUGAUGCAGAAGAUCUCCGAGGACAAAGAGCUCCGCAUCCCGGACAACGCCAACGUCUUCUACGCCAUGAACUCCACUGCCAACUACGACUUUGUGCUGAAGAAGCGCGGCCUGGCCCGGCCGGUGCGGGCCAAGAACGUGGCCAGCUCCACGCUGCCGCGCAUGAAGCAGAAGGGACUGAAAAUCGCCAAAGGGAUCUUCUGAGGGGGGGACGUGUGGCCUUCCUGCCUCCUGCCCGCCCCCCCGACCCUCCUCACAUCCCUUCUGCUCUCCGCUCCUCAGAAGAGACUUUUCCUUCUCAGGCGUGCUGGAGGCGAACUGACCCGAGCGUCUGCGUUCUGGUUUGG